AGUUUCCAACAUUUUUCUCCAACUCAGAAAACCGACAUCUUCGACAGUUACACACCGAGCACGAGCAGAUCGAAAGGAACAGAUCUCCAAAACUAGAGCUGAAACAUUUUCACUUUCCGUUUCGGAGCUGGGAAAUCGGCUGCGUUCGUCGUUCCUCUUCGAGUUAUGCAGAGUACAGCGCAAUCUUGGUUCAUGGGGGGACCUAGUAGCACCGAUCAGCAGCAAGCCUCGUCUCUGCUCGCCGACUGGAACUCUUACGCGGCCUCCAAAGCUUCAGAAGAGACUGGAUCGUCUAGCUUAGGUAUCGACCUCGAAGCUGCUGUAAGAACUGCCAACGAUAAGGUUGCCGGGACUUUCAACGUGGUUUCGAAAGGAGUGAUGGAUUUGCCAGGGAACUUCCAAUCUGCUGCCAGCAGUGUCCCUUCUGGAAAAUCUCUCAUGUACUUUGGUUUACUCCUAGCGACUGGAGUGUUCUUCAUUUUCAUUGCAUUUACCAUGUUCCUUCCGGUCAUGGUGCUAAUGCCUCAGAAAUUUGCAAUCUGCUUUACCCUUGGAUGUGCUUUCAUCAUUGGAUCAUUCUUUGCCCUAAAAGGUCCCAAAAAUCAGCUUGCACACAUGUCAUCAAAAGAGAGGCUUCCUCUUACAUUGGGAUUCGUUGCCAGCAUGGUGGGUACUAUCUAUGUUUCCAUGGUGCUUCACAGUUAUAUUCUUUCUGUGCUUUUCUCCGUGUUCCAGGUACUUGCACUUCUAUACUAUGCCAUUUCCUACUUCCCUGGAGGAUCUGCUGGCGUGAAGUUCCUUACAUCGGCUCUCAUGUCUUCAAUACUGAGGUGUUUUGGUAGGUGAUAAAGAGGCACAAAGCAAAACAGGGUAUUGCAUUUUUUCCCCCUUCUUUGGAUACCUGUUUGUAAUAGUUCAUGUCCUGAAAGAAAUUGUGUAUGCCUUGAAUCCAAUUGAAACAGAACGUUGCAGUUCCACA